AUGGACUGGACCAGCUGCACUUCCAUUGGUUUAGUGUUCAUCCUCACUUUUCUAUCUGUUUUGAAAAUGGGAGGUUUCUGGAACAACCACCGAAGAAAGAAUUUUCCCCCAGGACCAAGAGCAUUACCUAUCAUUGGAAAUCUGCAUUUGUUUGAUUUGAAGAGACCCUACAGGACUUAUCUACAGCUGUCAAAAGUAUAUGGUCCAGUCUUCAGUGUUCAGAUGGGCCAAAGGAAAAUAGUAGUGAUUUCUGGAUAUGAGACAGUGAAAGAAGCUCUCGUAAACCAGGCAGAUGCAUUUGCAGAGAGACCUAAAAUCCCAAUCUUUGAAGAUUUGACCAGAGGAAAUGGGAUCGUUUUUGCUCAUGGUGAAAACUGGAAGCUGAUGCGAAGAUUUACACUCACAGCCUUACGAGACUUUGGAAUGGGGAAAAGGGCCAUUGAGGAUCGCAUUGUGGAGGAGUACGGGCAUCUGGUAGACACCAUUGGGUCACAAAAAGGAAAGCCCUUUGAUGCUAGUAAAAUAAUUAAUGCAGCAGUUGCUAACAUAAUUGUAUCAAUAUUACUUGGAAAACGAUUUGACUACAAAGACUCCAGAUUUGUGAGACUUCUACGUUUGACCAAUGAAAACAUGAGGCUUGCUGGGAGACCUUUGGUUACGAUGUACAACAUCUUCCCACACCUUGGAUUCCUCCUAAAGGCUAACAAGACUCUCCUCCAAAACAGAGAUGAAUUCCAUGCUUUUGUACAAGUUACUUUUAUAGAACAUCUCAAAACCCUGGACAAAAAUGAUCAAAGAAGUUUUAUUGAUGCUUUCCUGGUUAAACAGCAGGAGGAGAAAUCGUCUACCAACGGGUAUUUCCAUAAUGACAACUUGCUAAGCUUGGUGAGCAAUUUGUUUACUGCUGGUGUUGAGACAAUUUCCACCACGCUGAACUGGAGCAUUCUGCUGAUGCUAAAGUACCCUGAAAUUCAGAGAAAGGUCCAAGAAGAGAUAGAGCAAGUGAUAGGGUCAAACCCCCCACGGAUCGAGCAUCGAACUCAGAUGCCAUAUACAGAUGCUGUCAUCCAUGAAAUUCAGAGGUUCGCUAAUAUCCUGCCAUUGAAUUUGCCUCAUGAGACUGCUGCAGAUGUCACUCUCAAAGGCUAUUUCAUUCCCAAGGGAACCUACAUUAUCCCCUUACUGACCUCUGUCCUGCAAGACAAAUCGCAGUGGGAGAGACCAGACAUGUUCUAUCCUGAGCACUUUCUUGAUGCCAACGGAAAAUUUGUGAAGAAAGAUGCUUUCAUGCCCUUUUCAGCAGGGCGGAGGAUCUGCGCCGGUGAGACUCUUGCCAAAAUGGAGCUCUUCCUCUUCUUCACCAGCCUCCUGCAGAGAUUCACCUUCCACACCCCCCCUGGAGUUUCUACCUCAGACCUGGACCUCAGCCCUGCUAUUUCAUUUAACAUCAUCCCCAAACCCUAUAAAACGUGUGCUGUAACACGUUUCUAG